CCCACCGUAAUGUAGGUGAAAGGUCAGUGGAGCUGCGGGGCAGCACAGCAGGACCUAGGACGGCCGGGAGCUGCCAGGUGAACUGACGGAAGGCUGACCAUGGCCGACGAGCCGAAACCCAUCAGUCCGGUUAAGAACUUCCUGGCCGGCGGCUUUGGCGGCAUGUGCCUGGUGUUCGUAGGGCACCCCCUGGACACGGUCAAGGUCCGACUGCAGACACAACCGGCAAAUUUGCCUGGACAGCCACCUAUGUACUCUGGGACCAUCGACUGUUUCCGGAAGACUCUUGUUAGAGAGGGCAUCACAGGGCUAUAUCGGGGCAUGGCUGCGCCCAUGAUUGGAGUCACCCCUAUGUUCGCUGUGUGCUUCUUUGGGUUUGGUUUGGGGAAGAAACUACAGCAGAAAUCUCCAAAUGAUGUGCUUACCUACCCACAGCUGUUUAUGGCUGGGAUGUUAUCUGGAGUGUUUACUACUGGAAUCAUGACCCCUGGAGAACGGAUCAAAUGCUUGCUGCAGAUUCAGGCUUCAACAGGGAAAAACAAAUACAAUGGUACCCUGGACUGCGCAAAGAAGCUGUACCAGGAGUUUGGGAUCCAGGGCUUCUACAAAGGGACUGUGCUCACUCUCAUGCGAGAUGUUCCAUCCAGUGGGAUGUAUUUCAUGACGUACGAAUGGCUUAAAAAUCUCUUCACUCCAGAGGGAAAGAGUGUCAGCGACCUCAGUGUCCCUCGGAUCCUGGUGGCUGGAGGCUUUGCAGGGAUCUUCAACUGGGCUGUGGCAAUCCCCCCGGAUGUGCUCAAGUCUCGCUUCCAGACUGCACCUCCUGGAAAAUAUCCUAAUGGUUUCAGAGAUGUGCUGAGAGAGCUGAUCCGGGAAGAAGGAGUCACUUCCUUGUACAAAGGGUUCAAUGCAGUAAUGAUACGCGCCUUCCCAGCCAAUGCAGCCUGUUUCCUUGGCUUUGAAGUUGCCAUGAAGGUACUUAAUUGGAUUGCCCCCAAUUUGUGAGGCUGAAGACUGUUCAAGACCUGUGGAUGCUGGACAACUGUUGCUGAGAAGCAGUGGGCAGGACUGGGUAGUCCUGAGGCUACCCAGUGAGGGGAGGGAAAUGGCGAGAUCAGAGUUCCCCUCAUGGCUAUGAUGGUGAAACUGUUGCCUUAACAACAUCCUCUACCUUGUAUAACUUGGUGCCAUUUUGAAACUUGAAUUUACAAGAUUUGCAGAGAAUUGGAGAUGGAAUAAAUAGUUUAUAGACUUACUCACUACCUUUGGCCAAAUUGCCACCUGAUUGACUGAUGGCCCACUACACUCAAAAUACUCCUCACUAAAGAGUUGAUGGCUGACUCUCGGGGGCCCCUCUCCUAUUUUCAGCCAGCCAAAGUAGGAGCUGGGAUCUUUAAUCGCUAGCCAGGAAAACCAACAGAUGCCUAUGGUAGCAUCUGCCUCUAGGCUAUACACAGAGCUGUGGAUGUGAAGCACACAUCCAUCUACCAUAUGGACUAGGUAGUAUACCUAAUAACAGACCACCACCAAGUAACUACUAUUUUUUGACAUUUUUAAACAAAAUAAGUAAGUCGAAUUACCUAAAUUUCCAAAAGAAGGUGGAGAAUUUUCUGUCCUACACAAUGAAGACAGCCCCAGCCUCCUGGGAUGACUGUGGAAGCCAUAAUGUAGGAAGGCUCUUUUUGCACAUUCUUGCCCCAUGAGAGCACUGAGUUUUAACAGGAAACAAUAAAUAUUGUUUCUACUUUU